GUUGCGCUUCGAAGGGCGGCUGGACGUCGACCUCUCCGCCCAGAACGUGGAGCCGCUGCGCAACACGGCGCUGCUGGCCGCGUACUCCAGCCUAGGUCACGGGGCCGUGCGAGACCUCGGCGUGGCUGUGAAGUUGUGGUCCAAGGCGGCGGGCGUCAGCGGAGCCCCGGCGGGCAUGCUCUCCAACUACGCGUUCACCCUCAUGGCGGUCUACUUCAUGCAGGUCGACCCCCUCGUGAGGUUGCCCUGGCUGCCGGUGCAACAGUACGGGCAGCCGCGGGCCCCGCCGCCGCCGGAGUGGCGCUGCCCGCUGUCGCUGCCCAGGCUGCUCGCCAGGUUCUUCGACUUCUUCUGCCUGAGGUUCGCGUGGGGCCGCGAGGUGGUGUCCGUGCGCGUCGGGCGGCGGGCCGGGGUGGACCUGCCGUGUUUCUGGCGCCUGCCGCAGCAGCAGCUGUUCCGGAUCCACAUCGAGGACCCUUUCUUGUUGGCCCGCAACUUGAAUUCUGUCUGCAGCGUGCAGGGGGAGGAGAAGCUGAGGAUCGCGCUGGCGAGGGCGCUGACAGACAUCAGCGUCCUGCAGCAGAUCGGGUCCCACCCCAACAUCGUGACCAUGCUAUACUCGAGCUCCAACUCGUCGACAGGCGGCUGCUACCUCGCCCUCGAGGCCGUGCAGCCCGUCGGGUUCGACCUCGACCGCCUCAUAAAGCAGUAUCUGUUCGCGAAGCAGAGCGUCCCGUCCCAGCUGAUCAGGACCCUGAUCAAGCAGCUCUGCGGCGCUCUGACACACAUGCACGAGCGCAAGAUCCUGCACCGGGACCUGAAGUCGGAGAACGUGCUAGUCACGAAGAACUACGACGCGAAGCUGAUCGACAUGGGCAUCGCCUGCAAGACCGGGUUCCAGGAGACGCGGUGGGUCUACGCGUCCAAGACGUAUUUCCCGCCAGAGAUGUGCCAGGGCGGGCAGCCGCUGGGCACCGCGGUGGACACUUGGGGCCUGGGCCUCAUCCUGCACCAGACCUACCAGCACCGGUGGGACCUCAUCGACGCGUCCAGGGACACUGUGAAAUGGCGCCCCAACAGGCCCGCCACGAUGGAGCCGAUGCAGGAUAACCUCAAGAAGGCGAUGCUCGGACUGCUCGCAAUGAAGCCAGAAGAUAGGUGGACUAUCGCGAAGUGCCAGAGCGAGAUCCCUCCUGACAGCAGCAGUGGGGAGCACCAGCACUACAUUCAGCCCGCCGUGUCCAAGUCGACGACCCGAAAGCACCUGUUCGAGUACAAGGCCAGCGCUGCGCCGCUCACGGCGUACGCGGCCGUGGUGGACGAGAAGAGCAAGCAUCUGCACGGGAAGAAGGUAGGCGAACUCGGGUUCCGCGAGGAGCAUAAUGCCGUCCUGCUGCUCAUGGACAACCCCUCGGACGACGGCAAGAGCCGGGUGGUGGUGAAGGUUCCCAAGAAGGACUCGGUCAUCAUGAACGGUUCAUGGCUGUACUUCGGGAUGCCCGCACCCAAGGACGGCGAGGACAACACCGACAAGAACAUCCUCGGCCUUACUCAGGCGCUGUUCCCCUCCUUCCAGCAGUCGGAGCACGUGGGGCGCAGCACCAACUAUAAGGCUGGGCUCAUGGCGUUCAACCUCGAGUUCGACUGCUUCCACUUCCCCCCUCACAUCGGGAAGAGUGCCGUGAUUGGCUUCAAGGAGGGAGGCGACGCCACGAAUCUCAAGCUCCGCCAGAACUUCGAGCUGAACCUGGCGGGCAUCGUGAAGCCGCAGGGCACCCCGAUCUGGUUCCCAGGCCCCGAGGCGACCAUCGAGCCCGGCGACCUGGGCCUGUUCGUGCGAUGCCCUGUCCUGGACGGGACGACCGAGCCCACAGUGACCGACGAGCAGCUGCAGCCGCUGAUGGACCCAGCCGAGUUCGCCAGGAGGAUAGAGGGCGAGGCCCUCCGCGGCAACGUCUGA